AUGGCUUCAGGUAUUACUUGGCACUCUGAACUUUCAUACCAUCAUGGGACUUUAACAAUCAACUACAACUACGAGGACUCUGACGUCAAACACCAUAUUUCCCAGUACGCCCCUACAACCCGAGAAAUCGUAUUCAACAUCUGCUUCCCCGAACCAGAUAACGACAAUACUGGACUCAGAAGAGUCGAGGAAGAUCUUUCCGAAAUAAUCGAAAUUCUCAACGACGAAUUCAAUUUAUGUAGAAGCGAUGUUAUAUUCUGGUUGCGCGAACGCAAUACUUCGCAGAUUUCUUGUGCUCUUGAGUUUCGCAAUCUUAGGUGGCAGACUACGUUCGAGUACUAUGUGAGAGGAUAUUGUCAAGAAACAGUGGAUAUGAAUUCGGAUUGGUACGCGGAACUGAUUGCUAGUCAUUGUUCGGAUGGAAGCUCGACUGAUAGUGAUAGCGAUAGAGAGGGUUUUUAUAAUAGGAAUACGGACUCGGAUUAG